AUCUCAUACAUCAAACAAAAAAAUUACCAUGAUUUUUCUCUUUAGUACUCUCCAAUUUUCUCUCUUCUCUUUGGCCCUUGUAAUCGCCGGUUACAUUUUCCUCGGAAAAAAAUUGAGUAAAGGUGAAGUUGAUAGCUCCACCAUCCCUGAGCCAUUAGGAGCUUUGCCUCUAUUCGGCCACCUCCAUCUAUUGCGCGGCAAAGAACUCAUUUGCAAGAAACUAGCUUCCAUAUCCGAAAAACAUGGUCCUAUCUUCUCCCUCAAGUUAGGGUCUUAUAGGCUGGUUGUAGCCAGCGACCCAAAAACGGUGAAAGAAUGUUUCACCACCAACGACUUGGCUCUAGCAACCAGACCCAAUAUAGCCUUUGGUCGGUACGUAGGCUACAACAAUGCAAGUCUAACACUGGCUCCCUAUGGAGACUAUUGGCGUGACUUACGUAAGAUUGUCACCGUCCAUCUAUUCUCAAACCAGAGUAUAGAGAUGCUUGGUCACAUUCGUUCUUCAGAAUUAAACACGUUUAUCAAACACCUAUAUAAAGGGAGUGGUGGAACUUCUAUAGUGAAGAUUGACAUGUUAUUCGAGUUUUUGACCUUCAAUAUAAUCCUUAGGAAGAUGGUGGGGAAGAGGAUUGGUUUCGGUGAAGUGAAUAGCGAGGAAUGGCGUUAUAAGGAGUCCCUGAAGCAUUGCGAGUACUUGGCUGUGAUUCCUAUGAUAGGCGACGUUAUUCCAUGGCUAGGAUGGUUGGAUUUUGCAAAAAUUUCUCAAAUGAAGAGAUUAUUUAAGGAGCUUGACUCAGUCAACACCAAGUGGCUCCAAGAACAUCUCAAGAAGAGAUCAAGAAAUGAGAAGGAUCAAGAAAGAACAAUCAUGGAUCUACUGCUCGACAUCUUACCAGAAGAUAUUGUGAUAAGUGGACAUGUACGCGAUGUCAUUGUGAAGGCAACAAUUUUGGAAUCCGCGAAGCACGUGAAGAUUGUUUCGUGGGAGGAUACCGUGUUGAGAAAGGCACACGCUUACUCGUCAACAUUUGGAAACUUCAUAGGGAUCCCAAGAUCUGGCCUGACCCCCAAGCCUUUGAGCCUGAGAGGUCUAAGAGUUGUACACUUCGUGUUGGCUCGAUUGCUUCAAGGCUUUGAGUUACGCAAAGUGUCUGAUGAACCAGUGGAUAUGGCCGAAGGGCCUGGUUUAGCCUUGCCAAAGAUUAACCCGGUCGAAGUUGUUGUAAUGCCUCGACUCGAACCGGAGUUGUAUAGUUCACUCUGAAUUAAACCAUUGUGUACUCG